CACCCGGAACAGACAAUAUGAAGUACAUCCUCAGUCGAACGAUUUCUUAACGAUACCAAACAUCAACAACCUCCCGUACAAGCUCAAGUCAAGUAGCCCUUGACAGAGCAGACAUGGCCGACAGCAGAAGUGUAGUCGACAUGGAUCCAGACGUUGCCCGCAGGCUCUUUGAAGAGGGAGCCGUCUUGGUUCUGCUGGGUGUUCCCAAGGGCACAGAGCUGGGGAUUGACUGCAAGAGUUGGCAGGUUGGUCCUCGUUUCAAGGGUGUAAAGAUGAUCCCCCCAGGCCUUCACUUCCUUCACUAUUGCUCUGUCAACUUGCCGAGCCACGGAGGAGAAAUUGGCCCAAAGACGGGGCUCUUUCUCUUUCUCAAACCCAGAGAGAUCCUGUUGGCCAAAUGGGAUCCCAAAAACGAAGAUCUGGAUUUCUCAGCCUCCCAAAACGAAGAGGAGGUGAGCCGGAUCCGGGCGACCUUGCGAGACCUGGAUCCUUUCCUUGGACCCUAUCCGUACGAGGUGAUGAGGAAAUGGGUCUCCCUCACUGACCGUCUGAGCCAGGAAGUGGCCAAUAACUUGCAGCCUCUUUCAGGCAGAAUAUGCGCCUUCAGUGACAUGAUCCCGGAGCUUCAGUUGAAAUACACCGAAGACAGGGCAGACCAGCCGAGGAAUGACACAGCCUGUCAGAGCAUGAAAGAGGGGCUCAACAGGCUCCCCAGGAUGAAGCAUAGGGAGGGCACAGAGUUGCGCUUCUCUGUGAUCCCACAGAGGACCUACCCUCCUGGGGCUACACCUGCAGAGAUCACCCAGUGCAGUAUGGACCUGAGCUACGCCCUGGAGACUGUGCUGAAGAAUCACCAUGAGUUGCAACCUCUCAAUUUGCUAGGUGAACUCCAGUUUGCCUUUGUGUGUUUCCUGAUUGGAAAUGUUUAUGAGGGCUUUGAGCACUGGAAGCGUCUUCUAGCACUGCUCUGUCGAUCAGAAGAGGCAAUGCGAAAACGUAAGGAGCUGUAUGUGGGGCUCAUCGGUGUGCUUUACCACCAGCUCGGAGAAAUCCCGCCCGACUUCUUUGUAGACAUCGUAUCUCAAAACAACUUCCUCACCUCCACGCUGCAGGACUUUUUCCAGUUUGUCAGUGGACCUGGUGUAGAUGGCACACUGCGUAAGAGAGCAGAGAAGUUCAAAGCUCACUUGACCAAGAAGUUUCACUGGGACUUUGAUGCGGACUUGGACGACUGUGCCCCAGUGGUGGUGGAGCUGCCUGAAGGUGUUACGGUGGACUGAGAAUCUACUAUGAACUCAGUGGACUCCAUAAGCAGGGAGCAGGACUGAAGUAAUAUGGCAGUGAGGGAGAGCAGAGAAGUCAAGUGUUUAACACCAGAUCCAAAAGCUUUGAGAAGGCUUGAAGAAAUGUAAACACCUUUGCUGCUGCAGUUCCAAAAUCCUCUAAAUAUCCACAUAUUCUCAGUUUCAGUAACACCACUAGUUUUCUAACACUUGUCACUCGUGGGCUGUACAACAACCUCUCAUGUGUUUUACACAAUCUGAACCCUGCUAUGAAGAAAGCAACCAUGGCAGAGAUGUUGUACUUUUUGUCAGUGGUGCCCUCUGGUGGAGUUCAACAAAGGAGCUGUGACAGAGUUAUUGCUGAAAUCAGCUGUGUAAUAGUUAAAACCCUUUUGAGUUUGUUAGUGGCAAAGUUAAGAAGUAUAACCUUAAUGAAAUUGAAUGCAAUUUUAACUUUGUCAAAAUUAAGUACAAGAUAAAUGGAAGAAAAAGAAAAAACUAAAAGUAAAA